AUGGCAAAGAUCAUUUUCUAUGAGGGCAGAAACUUUGAGGGCCACUCCUAUGAGGUUACUUCAGAUCAGCCCGAUAUGCAGUCUUACCUAAACCGCUGCAACUCCAUCAGGGUGGAAAGUGGCUGCUGGAUGAUCUACGAGCACAGCAACUACACAGGCCAUCAGUACUUCUUGAAGAGGGGAAGAUACUCAGACUACCAGCAGUGGAUGGGAUUCAAUGACUCCAUCAGGUCCUGCAUCCUAAUCCCACAGUUCAAGGGCACCAGCAGGAUCCGAAUUUAUGAGAAGACUGACUUUGGAGGCAGGAAGAUGGAGUUCAUGCAUGACUGUCCUUCUCUCCAUGAAGUAUUUCAUUAUGGAGAUAUCCAGUCUUGCCAAGUUUUGGAAGGACACUGGAUUUUCUAUGAGCAGCCAAACUACCGAGGACGACAGUACCUCCUGAGACCCAGAGACUACAGGAGGAUCACCGAAUGGGGAGCCAUAACAUCCAGGGUUGGAUCCCUGAAGCGUGCAGUGGACAGUUACUAA